AUGCAGAUCUCUUCAACUACUCAAGCCGUCACAUUCAUCACCUUUGUACAAGAUUUGGAUCGCAAAGUCAAGAAAUGGGAACCCGAUAUCGAGAUCUUGGGUAGUGGUGAGAAAACUUUACAUCGACAACGAUACCAAUUUCCGGCCGAUUGGUUGUAUGUUGAUCAGAUUGAGGGCGAGUGGAACGUAUUCAACGCGUUAUUGAAGAGGAAGAAUUCGGCUAUUCAAGAGCAGAUCGGUGCUUUGCAAAUGAGGAUUGUAGCAGAAGAUAAGGUAGUACAGAGCAAGAUUGAUGCUCUGAUAGCUGAUUGGGAGAAGGAAAAGCCAAUAAGUGGAGAUUUGAAGCCAGAUAUCGCCAUGAACGCUAUAAACCUCUUUGAAACUCGAGUGAAUCGGUUGCAAGACGAACACAGUCAACCGGCGGCUGAAGAGAUAUCAGAUCUCAAAGCAGUUUGGACAGCUCUUUCAGGGAUUUGGGCUCAACUUGCUGAGCUUCCUUUAGACGCACUUUUGACGAGUACGAGGGAGAUGUCCAGGAAGAUGAGACAAUAUCAAGCAUCCAAGUUUGUUCAAGAAAAGAUUCAAUUGCAUCAGAAGAGUGUUGCCCUUGUGGGCGAAUUAAAGUCAGAUGCACUUCGAGAAAGACAUUGGAAACUUUUGUACAAAAACCUUCGAUUAUCUGGUCAUUAUGCUCCUUCUCAAAUGACUCUAGGCACGAUUUGGGAUAUGGAUUUGAAGAAGAAUGAGAGCCUGAUCCGGCAGGUGUUGGCGCAGGCUACUGGGGAGGUUGCAUUGGAGGAAUAUAAAACAGGCAAUGAACAUACCAGUGCGUUGAGUCAGAUGAAACUGUCACCGUAUUAUAAGACCUUUGAAGAAGAUGCCUUGAUUUGGACGGACCGUCUCAACCGGGUGAGCGAAAUGUUCAAUAAGUGGAUCGAUGUUCAACCCUUCAAGUCUCCCUACGUAUUGGAUGUGCUACAGAUCCCAGAAGUUCUCAAGACACUUGACAAGCUACUUGAAUCACUCAGAAAGCUACAGAAAGCGCUGGGAGAAUAUCUUGAACGUGAAAGGUCAUCUUUUCCACGAUGUUAUUUGUGGGAGACGAGGAUCUAUUGGAGAUCCUAG